AUGCAGCAUCCGAGCGAGCAGCCCACCUACAUGCCCGAGGUGCCCUUUCAGCCACUGUGGGGCCAGGAGGCACCGCCGCCGCCGCCCAUAGUGCCCUAUCAGGAGCUCAUCGCGGGUUUUCCCUGCUCCGAUUUGUCACUCUGGCAGAGAUCUCAAGUGGCACCGCUAGUUAACCAACGUCCAAGCACGAAUGGGCGCUCUCAUGGCUCCUCCUCCGCCAGUUCGAAGAAAACGCGUCGUCGUGUUGCCUCCAUGGCGCAGAGGCGCGCGGCAAACAUACGCGAACGCCGUCGCAUGUUCAAUCUGAACGAGGCCUUUGAUAAGCUGCGCCGCAAGGUGCCAACAUUCGCCUAUGAGAAGCGGCUAUCGCGUAUUGAGACCCUGCGCCUGGCCAUUACCUACAUUGGCUUCAUGGCGGAGCUGUUGAGCGGCACGCCCUCUAACACCCACAAGUCCCGCUCGGACAUGUACGGCGGCAUGAAUGGACACCAUCAUUCAACGGCUGUGGCCCCAGGACCGCCAAUGCAUCCACAUCAUCUGCAUCCGGCGGCCUAUCAACGUGACUUUGCCUCGCCCUACAAUCACAGUUUGACAUAG